AACUCUAAAAUGGCUGACGAAGAUCAGCAACAAGGUAACAAGGCUAAACGCCAUGGUAUGCUCAAGAUGUACUAUGGUAUUGAAGAGGACCAAGACGGAGGAGCCUCUCUUGACCCGUGUGACAUUAAUGGCGCACAUUUCAAAGCUGAUACCUACCUGGCACGGCUCAUCAAAGAAAAGACGCUGACAGAAUUGAUGGAUGAGGAAUCGAAGACCUUGACACAGAUAAAAGCGCUUGACAGUGACAUGCAGACUCUCGUUUAUGAAAACUACAACAAAUUUAUAAGUGCAACAGAUACAAUAAGAAAGAUGAAAAAUGAUUUUCGGAAGAUGGAAGAUGAGAUGGACCAUUUAGCGACUAACAUGUCUUCCAUUACUGAGUUCAGUGCUAACAUCAGCUGCACACUCCAGGACCGACGGCAACAGAUCACUAAACUAGCCGGUGUACAUUCCCUUCUGAAAAAACUUCAGUUCCUGUUUGAGUUACCUGCCAGACUAAAAAAAUGCAUAGAAAUGCAGGCCUACAGUCAGGCAGUCAGGUACUACAGUAAGGCCAAACGAAUUCUACACCAGUAUCAACACAUGCCAAGUUUCAAGGGAAUCAGUGAGGACUGUAACAAGAUCAUACAGGAGCUCUGUCAGCUUCUCCGUCAACAGUUCAAGAACAAGGAGUCAACCCCCAAACAAUUGGCUGAGUGUGUAGAUCUGCUGCUACAACUGGGCGAGCCUGCAGAAGUCCUGUGUGAGGAGUUUCUCUCUCAUGCUCGCCAGAAGAUAGAUGAGGAGGAUUUGAAGGUGCUUGAUCGUCAGAUUUGUUUACAACGCGGGGAGGAGAUAAAAAUGGAGGGCGAGAGUCCAGCUCAGGCUUAUUUAGGUACCACACCUAUGGAUGUGCUGGAGUUUGUCGACUCUGGCUGUAAUGGUUUCCUCAGUAACAUCUGCCUGGUGAUAGCAUUCUACAACGACACAUUCCUCAACAAGCACCAAGAGGAUGAUAAUACAGAUGCCAUGGCAUUGAAGAAAUUAGUACAUUUUGUCAAUGAACUGAUGGAGAAAUACUUCAACUUCGUACAAAGGAGGGUCCAACUGGAGAAGGAGACUGGAGACAACACAAUCCUGGUCCGAUCCCUGGACAGAUUCCACCGGAGGCUUCAGGCCAUGAACAAGCUCCUACCUGACACCGACUUCUCCAGGGCAGGUACAGAGAUAGUAUCCAGGGCUGCCAAGGACAGGGUGGGAUAUUAUCUACAGACACUUAAACAAAACUUUGCUGAUUGCCUGACAGACAUCAGACAGAACCUCGCGGCACCCCGAUUAGUAGGUAAACAGGACAGUUCCGCACAGCUCUCCGACCUCCUCCACUCCACUCAGUCCACUAUACUGGAGCAAAUCAAGUCUGUCCUCGGGAACCUCCAGGCUUUCACAGCAUCAGACAUCACUUUCGCGAUGAAGCCAUAUUUCCGAGGUCCAUUCUGUACCCAAGAUGUGAGGGAGGGACUAAUUGUUGGAUUCCUAAACCACAUCAACUCUGUGUGCGAGGAGUUCUGUGAAGGUACAGGUGACCGGGGAUCCGUGCCACCAGCUUUACUUCUCAUACUGUCACGGUUGUGUCUCGACUUUGAAGGUUCCACCAUAUCUUACCUGUUGACUCUGACCGAAGAACAGUUCCUGCUUGAAGAAAACUUGAGCCAUUCUCUGACCCCAGUUUCUGACCUCUGUACCAAGGCCAAGAAUACAGCCCAACGCUUACUCAACCAUUACGUCAAGGUCCAGGGACUCUCCAUAUCACAGAUGCUGAGAAAGAGUGUGGAGACGAGAGAUUGGCUGAAUACUAUUGAGCCGCGGAAUGUACGUGCUGUGAUGAAGCGUGUCAUUGAGGAUAUCACAGCUAUUGACAUGCAGGUGGGACAGUUAUAUGAGGAGGGCUGUCGUAAGGAGCGGAGUAGUGACUCAAGUCGUCGUACACAUCCCCACAGCUACAGUGUGUCACAAAACAAGAAACCUGGCCAGUGGAACUAUGCCCCCAGUAUUGAUAACAGUCUCAUGAGCAACAUCCAGAAGCUGUUCUCAGAGAAGAUUGAAAUCUUCAGCACAGUGGAAUUCUCCAAGGUGUCUGUCCUGACUGGUAUUGUGAAGAUCAGUCUCAAGACAUUCAUGGAGUGUGUUCGGCUCCGAACAUUUGGUCGCUAUGGGUUACAGCAGAUACAAGUGGAUACUAACUAUCUCCAGCUUUACCUCUGGAGAUUUGUGUCUGAUGAAAAUUUGGUGCAGGUGUUACUGGACGAGAUCGUUGGCAGUACUGUACACAGAUGUCUGGACGCAGUGCUGAUGGAGCAGAGUGUGAUAGACCUCAUAUGUGAAAGGGGAUGAUUGUCCUAAAGAAUAGCUGUCAACAAAGGAUGUAUGUGGAAUCUUUCUUGUGAUAAACGUUCAAGGGUACAUAAAGGAUAAGUGUGUACAUUUGAUCAGCGAGGAGUGGAACUUGGGACCAUUACUGUAACACUUGUGCAAUAAAAUUCCCCCAUCUUUUAUUACAAGAACGUUUUUGGAGAAGUGGUCUUCAAUAUGUUUACUAGCACCGAUGAUGUUUAAAAGUUUUGAUAUCAAAAUCAGUUAAUUUUAAGUAAAAAUAUGUCAUUAUAAUAACAAGUGCUAAUUGCAAUGUAAUAAUAAUUUUGACUGCUUUCAUUUAUCGGGUUACAAACAGUUUUACAGAUUGGACUAGAUUUGUUUCUUUAUGAAAUGGACUGGACCUAGGGCCUGUUUGUUUAUGAGGAACAACCAGUUUGAUCGUUUAUAAAUGUGACAAUUUCAUGUAUAAUUCCUGGCGGACUUGCAAAUGUUUAUGCAGGCCUUGUAAGGCUUGCCUGAAAGCAGCAUCAGGUUACUAGGUCCGACCUUAUUUGGUAAACGAACUGUGGUCCGACCAGUUUGACUGUUUAAACGAAAAUGGACCAAGUGAUCUGGUGUUGUUUUCCGAUGAGCCUGCGUUCAGACUUUUCUAGACAUACAUUAAAAUUUACAAGUUUAAAAGGCUACUCUUCAACAUGUUAUCAUUUAAAAGUAAACAAACUGGUCAUCCUUCAUGCACAAAAAGUCCACUAGUCUUGAGUCUGCUAGGAGAAAUCCAGUACAUGAACAUGUAUAAUUUUGAGGGAUGAGUACAACUUUUGUGUGUGCCAAAUCCUGCUUCAUUUGUGACAAUGUUGAGAGUUUCAUGGGAUAGCAUCCAGAUUAACAUUGUCCCAUAUUAUUAUUUUUUUAAUAUGUAAAAAUCAAAAAUCUACGAUCAGUGGGACACAACACCCUGUAUCAUUAAACAUUAAAUAAUGGCUAUAAAAUAUCGGUGGGGAUAUUUCAUUUUGGUUCUAACUUUUUGUCAGUAGCCAGAGUAAUGUUGUUGAUUAGGAGAGAGCGAUAUGUCAGUAGAUGAAUUGGGUGACAUCUUGGGAUAAUUUCUCUUAUAUAUACGGUAUCAGAUCUUAGGAUGUCAGAAAUGUAUUGAAUGCAGCUUUCAAAGUCAUGGACAUCCAGUGUUACUUGUAUGUAUCAAUGCUGACACUUUUACAUACACUGGUUAAAAUUUUUACAUAAAUAUUUCUGAAUGCCAUGCUAUUGGUAAAAUGUCUGUUAUAUGAUUCUUAUAAAGAAUAAAAUGUAUUUAUUGGUUUAAAAUAUUAUGCUUUAUUAUUUCCCAUUUAUGAUAUUUAUAUGAAUGUUGACAAUAUGACACAAGAUUUGCAUCACUUAAAACAUUUCAUGCAACGAGUACAAAAAUAUAUUAAAUAUUUUUACCUAGAGGAACCAUACAACUGGUUAAUACAAAUACAUUUUAAAUAAUAGUACAUGUAUACAAGGUAUAUAAUUAUCUUGAUGAAAAUUUAAUAACUCAAUAUUCCAACUUGCUAUUUCAAACAUAAGGUGAGGGCACCAGAAAUGGAUCACAACCAUCAUUCUAGUCAUUAACAAUUCAAAAGAUGGUAUUUUCAUUUAUGAUUACAUCAAAGUUGAAUAUUGAAUUACUUCAAUAUUCUGGAGUUAAUUCCAUUCUCUAAAAUCGUAUUUCAACAAUUUAACAAACACAAAUUUCUGAGUUUUAAAUAGAUGUUCUGAAGCUAUUUGAGCUUGUAGAUAACUAUCUAUAGACAAAAAAUUGUAACAUAAUGGUGCAUUCUAAUGCUAUAUCAUUGUACAUCAUGAACUGUUGACACAUUAAAAGAUUUAAGUGUUUACGGUAUGUGCAGAAUGAUCCGAUUUGGGUCUUCCCUCCUUAACUGCCUUGUCUCAUCAAUGUUUGAGUUACAUAGAGAACAUGUGGAUACUGAGAAGUACCCAACCUAAUAGUUAUGUAACUCUGCCUCAAGUUUCAUUUCUGACCGAGGUAUAUCAGUUCCCUUGGUAUCCGACUGAAUUCAUUAUCUUCAUAAAAACCUUGUGUGAUAUGUCACUUGGUUUAUGACAUUAUGUUGUCCUCUUUUGAAUUUUUCAUUAUAAUGCUGGAAUUUCAUUGAAAAAUAGCAGCAGUAUACAUCAUGUAAUAGGUUCCUACUGUAGUUAUGUUGACCUUACUCUUUCUAUGGAAAAGCAAUUUUAACCUGGAUUUGUAUUAUUUAAAUAUAUAUGCCAGUUGUGCAAUAUCUACACACUUGUUACCCACUCUGCUAGAGGGAAUUUCUAGCAAUCUGAAGUUUCGGAUUCAACUCUAUUUGGAGGCACUUACGCAUCCACCUUGGUUACAUACCUGAAAUGGUUCAUUGUUUGGAUGUUUUAUGCAAAAAGUAAUAUUCUAUAUUUGUCAGUUGAUUGAGUGGAACUGAAUGUUCUUAACAAUUGGAAUUAACAUUAAAUUCCAUCACACCAGGUUAUACCAGAUAUAAAUUGUACAUAAUCUGGUAGAAUAUCUUAUUUCCCCUAAAAUUCUUAUGACUAGCUAGGCCACACAGGCUUUAGUAUGGGACAGGAGUCUUACAAAAAGUAUUGCAUCGAGAUGAAAACCUCAAGUGUACCUCAUUCCUAUCUAAAUGAUUAAAAUGGAAAAUGGUUGAAGUUACGUUAAGCCAUACAAUUGUACAGUGCAAUGAUCAUACAUAGGUCACCAAACCAUAUACAUUAUAUAGAGUACACACGUGUCAUAAUGUGUAUUACGUGAAUAACACAGAAAACAAGGGGAAAAAUUGCUUGAUGUGACUUGGCAGAAAAGAUUAAUUUUCAUUGAUUUAAUAGGAGCAAUAUCUGUAACAAACAAGCAGACUCGGGGACGUUUUGUUUAAAUGGAACUGAACAGAUUUGUCUCCAAAAGAGUAUAGGGUAUAAGGUUUUCACUCCUUCACAACACUAAAUGGUACUCAACAGAUUUGUCUCCCAAAGAGUACUAGGGUAUAAGGUUUUCACUCCUUCACAACACUAAAUGGUUUCACAAACCUACGAAUUACUAUUCAAGUUUUCACACCUUUACAAGGUACUGUCAGGUUUUUUUCUGGUUAUAAUUGAACACUUUUUUGCUAAUUUUCAAAGAAUACAAAAUUUCUAAAAGUCAAUUUUUAGUAAAUGUGUUAAAUUUUCAUGUUACCUCGAAAUGACUAGCUUGGCAACUAUUAUGAGUGGUAUCCAUUAAUAUCUGAGCCUAUAACAAUCAACCCUAGUCAGUGGUAAGGUCUAGAGUUUUAUCAAAAUAUAAAAAAAAAUCCUGAUGAUUGCAGGGCAACAUUUCUAGAUACAGUAUCUUCAGGACAACAUUUCUAGAUAUCUUAAGACUGUCAGACAGGUUGACAAAAUGAUGAUUAAUAGGUUUGUUUUGGGUUUAACAUCCUCGUAACAGCCAGGGUAAUAAUGCGGAUGGUGAUGAUAAAUAA